AAGUUCACUUGUCAAUUUGAUCCACUGGAUUUACCGGCAAGUUUAAAGAUAAGCAACAUAAUUCAUUUCCAUUAUUGUAUUCAUAUUUCGCUCAACAAGAAAGUUCGAACUUUUCAUUAAGCUCAGUGAAACAUUUAAAACCAGAUUACUAACUAUUAUAAUAUUUGCUUCUACCGAAGUAUCGAUUAGCGUUCGUGAGUGACUGCAAAGCAGAAUAAUCUAUUUGCUCGUUGGUGUUUGAAGGUAUUCCUAUUUGAAAAUGUUUUCUCGUGAUAGAGAACAUAAUAGAGGCCGUAGAGGUGGUAUUUCCAGAGGUAGCAUUAGAGGAGGUGUUGAAAAUAUUCGUGGAAACAGUAUUAGUAGAUUUGGUGGACGUGGUAGAGGGACUACAAAUAAUAUUCGUGGUAGUAUAAAAGGCAAACAACCUGGAGGGACUCUUAGAAAAAUCAUUUGGGAUGUACGGUCAUUAGAACCUUUACGUAAAGAUUUUUAUAUUGAACAUCCUUCAGUUAGAAACAGAUCAAAAGAAGAAGUGGGCCAAUUUCGAGAAAAUGCUGAGAUAACUGUGAAAGGUGACAAUAUACCUAAUCCUAUCCAAUAUUUUGAAGAAGGAAAUUUUCCACCUUAUGUGUUAGAAGUUAUACAUAAACAAGGAUACUCUCAACCUACAGCAAUUCAAGCACAAGGAUGGCCUAUUGCACUCAGUGGCAAAGAUCUAGUUGCCAUUGCUCAAACUGGAUCUGGAAAAACACUUGGAUAUAUUCUACCAGCAAUUGUACAUAUCAUACACCAGCCAAGACUUAGUCCUGGUGAUGGUCCAGUUGCUCUAAUCUUAGCUCCUACCAGAGAACUAGCUCAACAGAUUCAAGAAGUAGCUAACUGUUUUGGAGAAUCAUCAGGUGUUAGAAACACUUGUAUUUUUGGUGGUGCACCCAAAGGUCCACAGGCACAUGAUCUAGAAAGAGGUGUUGAGAUAUGUAUUGCUACACCAGGUAGACUUAUUGAUUUCUUAGAAAGAGGAACUACAAAUUUACGCAGGUGCACAUAUUUAGUACUAGAUGAAGCUGAUAGAAUGUUAGAUAUGGGUUUUGAACCUCAAAUAAGAAAAAUAAUUGAACAAAUCCGACCUGAUAGACAAGUUUUAAUGUGGUCAGCUACAUGGCCGAAAGAAGUUCGAGCUUUAGCAGAGGACUUCCUAACUGACUAUAUGCAUCUUAAUAUUGGUUCUUUGACUCUGUCAGCUAAUCAUAACAUUAUUCAGAUCGUGGACGUUUGCCAAGAAUUCGAAAAGGAUUUAAAAUUAUAUAGAUUACUUCAGGAAAUUGGAAACGAAAAAGAGAACAAAACGAUCAUUUUCGUUGAAACGAAACGUAAAGUUGAUGAUAUUACGAGAAAUAUAAGGCGAGAUGGAUGGCAAGCAUUGAGUAUUCAUGGUGAUAAAAAUCAACAAGAAAGAGAUCACGUACUACAAGAAUUUAAAAGCGGAAGGGCUCCUAUUCUAGUUGCAACAGAUGUUGCUGCUAGAGGUUUAGAUGUGGACGAUGUCAAGUAUGUAAUAAAUUUUGAUUAUCCAUCAUCAUCAGAGGAUUACAUACAUAGAAUCGGUCGUACCGGACGAAGAAGGCAGACCGGAACUGCUUAUGCAUUUUUCACAACCCAUAAUAUGAAACAUGCUGGAGACCUAAUAGAAGUAUUAAGAGAAGCAGGACAAAAUAUAAAUCCUCGACUUACUGAAAUGGCGGAAUUGGCUAAAUCUGGGAAUCCUGGAAAUAGAAGUGGAAAACGGUUUAUGGGUACUGAUAGAAGUAAUGGUAGACGCGGUAGUAAUGAUAAUAGGGGAAGAGGCGUUUCUACAAGAGGAAGAGGUCUUGCCGGUGGUCGUAGUGGAAAUACUUAUCAAUCUACUUCAAAUGGCUAUUCAGGUUCAGAUUACAGUAGUUAUAAUAAUUCAAAACAAGGCAACACAAUUCAUCAGAACUCAGGAUAUGGUUACAAUACACAAAGAUCAUAUGGACAAAGUAGCUUGGCUCAAAGUUAUGGAGGAGAUAGUUAUGGAAAUACCUAUCAAUACAGAGGUACAACGUAUUAAAACUAUGUUAACAGUAUUAAAAAAAAAAACAUUUCAUUAAACAGUGUUAAUAGUAAUACACUUAGUUAAAUUUGUGUUAAACAUAAAAUAGAAUAAAAUAAAAAGUACACAGAA